AUAUUAUAGGCAACCAACAAACCAAACUGUUCGGUAAUUGUCUGUAAAUCAUAUAAACAUAACCAAAAAUUAUCCCAUAUUUAUCUACACUGGAAUGUCUUAAAAAUAGAAGCUAUGUUGCGUUUAAAUCAUAUUUGCGCCAAGUUCGCACCAACAAUCCGACAGAAAUCAACAAAUGUCUUAGAGCUUCUUAACAAUCGUAGUCUAAUUCAAGUAGCAGGAAAUGAAGUUGCAGAUUUUUUGCAAGGGUUAAUAACCAAUGAUAUUAAUCACUUGAACAAUGGGAAUGAAAGUAUGUAUGCUAUGUUCUUGAACACUAAAGGUCGAGUGAUGUAUGAUACAUUGGUGUAUAAAGGAGUAGAACCAAAUUGCUAUCUCUUGGAAUGUGAUUCUGAGAUUGUGCAGUCACUUCAGAAACAUUUAAAAUUGUAUAGGGUGCGCCGGAAGAUUGACAUUAAACUUCUUGAUGAUAGUUGUAUUUAUGCACUGUUUGAUGCUGAUCAAAGCAGUAAAGAAUCUCACAAGUCUAAAGGUUUGGAUGGGAUCAUAGUCCCUUGUAACACUCUCAACGAGACUCAGCCUUAUACAGUUUUUAGUAAGCACAUUGGCGAUAUUUCUAUCUACCAAGAUCCGAGGAUAAUCGCGUUGGGAUUAAGGGUCGUCGCUCCGAAAGGAUACGACGUGCUUGGCGAAAUAUCGAAUGGGACAGAUGUAAAAUUGGAGCAGAGCAAGUACAGGGAGUUCAGAUACCACUUGGGCGUGGGCGAAGGAGUGACUGAUUUACCACCAGGCAAUUGUUUACCUUUGGAAGCCAAUUGUGAUUACCUUCAUGGUGUUAGCUUCCAUAAAGGUUGUUACAUUGGGCAAGAAUUGACUGCGAGAACACAUCAUACUGGAGUGGUGCGGAAACGAUUGAUGCCAAUACAUUUGGACAAACCAUUGGAAGAUAUUCCUGAAGAGAAAAAUAUAGUUUUGGAUAAAGUGAACCUUGGAAAAUUCCGAGGUUCUGUAGGAUGCACCGGACUAGCACUACUUAGGAUAGCUCAGGCCAUCGAAUGCCAAGGAAUCCCUAUUGGAAAUAGUUUAGCGACUACAGGAAAACCCACGUGGUGGCCACUCGAGGCUCCCAAAGAAAAAAUGAGCGCAUAAAUGAACAUAUUAAUAAAUUGUUAUUGUUGAAUAUAGUAGUAGUUUUAUUAGAGGAUUUAU